AAUGAGCUGAAGAUGUGAUAGAGCUUGUGCAAUCAGACAGUAGUAGAGGGAAUCCUAAUAGCUUGAACAGUGAUAUAGUGGUGUGAUUAGGGGACUUUGGGACAGUGAUGUAGGCAGGAUUGAGACAGGGAUUGUUGGAGUUUAGGACAGUGAUUAGAGUAGGUUAGAGACAAUGAUAAAAAGAGAUUUGGGACAAGGUCAAAUUGUCAAAUAGCAUGUUUUCUGAUUUUUUCUUUUUUUCACCGGUUUGUACCAUGCAGACGCUGUUUCAACUUUUCUUCAUUUAGAGAUUCAACAAAGUAUUCAAUUUGACCAGGGGUGCACAAGCUUUUGCAUACCAUCGUAGCUUUGCGCCUGGGUACAGCGGGAGAGAACACUAGUACUGGGUUACUCUAUCUGUGGCUAGACCAUUCCAAAAACAUUGCAUGAACGUCAUGUGGGUCAAUCAGCCGUGGCUUUGGAUGCUUGCUGAGAGCUAGCAUCAUGUAUUCACGUGAUAAGCUCAACCAGGGCAACAAAGAAUCGGGGAAAUCUUCAGCCUGACAGAGCUACAUCUUAAUUAAUUUCGCUAAGCUACUACUGCCGCGACUACUACUCCUGCUACUACUAUUCUGUUUUUCGGUCUGUGGGCCAUUAAAAAACUAAUUAAUUCAUUAAUUAACUUUCCAUCAAUUGAAUCCUCAAAAAAGGGAAACGUCUAUGUUAUUAUUUAUUUUAAAUAUUGUCCUACUUCGAUAUGUUUAAUGUAUUUAUAAAUUUGAGAUUAGGUUCUGUCGUAGAUUUUGCUCUCGCUGGACUGACUACUGUGAUGUUUUACCUGAAAUAUCGAAUUUAAUAUGCCUGCUUCUGUGACGUCACUAAACACAAUUGAAAGCAGACUUUUAUCUCCGAAUGGAAUGUAGCGGUAUAUAAAACAGGUCAGGGUUGUUAUUCAGCAGCUGAACAUGCAUGUUUAAACUGUUUAUUUAUUUAACUGCUAUGUAAUUUAAUGUACUGCCAUGGAAGGAUACACAUUCGGUUCUCUGCUGAAAUAUGACGAUCCAGUGUUGGUGACCAGGAAGACACCUCAGGGUCAAGCUCCCCCUAUUAGAGGGAGCCCCCAGCCACCACCUACAAGCUCCCCAGUCCCCCCUCCACCCAAACCAAAGUGCCCCAUAGCAGAUGCAAAAAAGGAGAAAACUGAGGAGAUCCUCCAUGCCAUCCUGCCGCCGAGGGAGUGGUCGGACGGCGGCGGCCUGUGGGUGCAGCGAGUGUCGAGCACGCCGGGCUCGCGCAUGGACGUGGUCAAGCUGGAGGAGCAGCUGAAUCUGAAGCUGCAGCAGAGGCAGGCUCGGGAGACCGGGAUCUGCGACGUCCGGAGAGAGCUGUACUCGCAGUGCUUCGAUGAACUGAUCAGACAGGAAACCAUAAACUGCACUGACAGGGGGCUGCUAUUGCUGCGGGUUCGAGAUGAGAUCAGCAUGUGCAUGGCCGCCUAUCAGACUCUGGAUGAGAGCAGCGUUGCCUUUGGCAUCAGGAAGGUGCUGCACGCUGAGCAGGGGAAAGCCGAAAUGGAGAAACAGAUCCAGGACCUGGAGGAGGAAAAGAGGGCCCUGGAGCGGCAGCAGAAGGAGAUGGAGGCAGAGUGUGAGGCCGUUAAUCUGAGGGAGAUGGAGAGACAAGUCAUGGAGGAUAAGAAGCACACGGAGGAGAUCGAGUUCCUAAAGCGCACCAACCAGCAGCUCAAGUUCCAACUGUCGGGCAUCUCACAGAAGAAGUGACCAGCGUCAAACACAUCUGGGGAUACCACUCGAUGAAGAGCUUUAAAGUUAGAAGGCUUUGAAAAUUUUCAGACACAAUCUCCA